AUGGCUGGUGCAAUUGUCCCACUUGUCGCACACAAAACCCACUUCAUUGACCUUGUUACAGACCUGCAACAUUAUGUUUGUAGUCUCAUGGUUCAACACCCAGUUGGCGGAGGUAUUAACCAGUCGACACAUCGUCGUUUUGUUUCGCAGCCUCUUCGCAGCCUCGUUGGAUUCGCGUCUCUUAGUGCCUUGCCGCCAUCAUAG